UCUAAAAAGAAGUUAUGCAAAAUAUGGAAUAAGAUUCAUGAAAGGAAUGAAAAGAAUAUGAAAUAAUAAUACAGUUGUAUUUCCUAGAAGAAACUGGCGGUGUGUGUUGUAUUUGUGAAUGAUCGGUGGUUGAUCACUGACCUUUACCCUUAACAUGUUCAUGAGGGACCCUGUACUGUAAGAUGAUCUGCCAACGCUGUGCCAUCCUCCAGACUCUGCCUUCUUGGGCCACCCAUUGGAGUUUGCCUUUUGCCCGCACUCUUUCUUUGCUGCCAAGCUAUAAUUAUGGACUACCUGGAAAAGGCAAAACAAAGAAAGGCGCUCACAAUGACAAAGAAGAGUUCAAGGUUCAAGGGGAGGUACUCUUUGGUCUUCAUCCAAUACAUUUAGCUCUACAAGCGGGAAGGAGGAAGCGUUUUUUUCAACUGUACGUGGACGUGACCAAACAAAAAGACUCACUUGGUGCCAUAAAAGGACUGGCAGAGAGGCUCCAGGUGAACACUGUGGCUGUCCCUAGAGAGACGCUUGACCGCAUGUCUGGGAACAGACCUCACCAAGGUGUUUGCCUGGAUGCUGAGCCUUUGAAAAUAGCCAGGUGGAAUGGACAAGAACAUUUUCCACGGACAGGUUCUGAUGGCCUUAAGGUUCCUCUGUGGUUAAUGCUGUACAAUAUACAGGACCCAAUGAACUUUGGUGCCAUUUUGAGGUCAGCUUACUUCCUUGGAGUAGAAAAAGUGAUAGUCCCAGCUCAGAACAGCUGCCGCCUCAGCCCUGUGGUGAGCAAAGCCAGUGCCGGAGCCAUGGAGCUCGUUGACUUGCUGUGUGUGCCAGAACGUCACUCACUGGCCUCCAUGUGUCAGUGGUGGAAAGAUCAAGGUGGAAAAGUUUUGGGAACUGGUUCAAACUCUGUAAAUGGUCACAGUGAAUGCCUUUCCAUUCAUGAGUGCAGGAUCCACUCACCCACCCUGAUUAUACUAGGCAAUGAAGGCUCCGGGAUAAGUGACGACCUGGUCCGACAGUGUGACCAGAUGCUGAGUAUAUCCCAGUCCUCGCAGGCCGGAGGGGUUGAGUCUCUCAACGUGUCUGUGGCAGCAGGAAUUAUAUUACACUGGCUGCAGUACUCCUCGGGAAAUGUUACGUGAGGCUUUGAUGCUGAACAAACGCUCCAUGAACCUACAGUUACAGACUGAUGUCCUUCAUUACCUGAUAUACCACAUCCUGACGGCAUCUGACAAAUCACCCUCCGCGGCGGUGCUACUAACUGAAGUGUCUUUAGGCCAUUCCCAAAAGGGGGACUUUCAUUCUUGAGUUCUUAUGGCUGAUUC